CAAGGGUGCUCAGCCCGGGCCUAGAUGGGCAGAGGGCGGGGUUUCAAACCCCGCUCUCUGUCCUGCCCCCAGCUUCACAACUCUGAGGAGGAUCACGUGGGUGAAGCAUUGCUCUGUCAGCUGAGUGACCAACUUUGGUUUUCUGGAGGAGAGCGAAUGGACCCAGUGUUACACGUCAGUGGUAGCGUUGGCAGGAGAGGUGCUGUUCUGGUGGGUCCCAGCCGAUGGUAGGGUCAGAAGCCCAUCACAGAGGCGAGAGGGAUCCUUGGCUCAAGGCCCUAUGGGGGUAGAGUGUGAUCAAGCAGCUCUGGAGUCCACUUGAGCUGGUUCAGGAAGUCCCUGUGAAGAGCUGUGCCUUCGUGCCCUGACCUGAAUCACUUCAUAGGACAUGGAGAAGGAACAAGAGACACGACAGGCCUGGAAGGAACGUGUGGGACAAGAGCUUGAUAGUGUCAUCGCUUUGUGGAUAGAACACUCCCAUGACCAGGAAUAUGGGGCCUUCUUCACAUGCCUUGGCUGCAAUGGGCAGGUCUAUGAUGACCUUAACUAUGUCUGGCUGCAGGGGAGGCAGGUAUGGAUGUAUUGUCGCUUGUACCUCAAUUUUGAGCACUUCCGCCUCGCUGAGCUUCUAGAUGCCGCAAAAGCAGGUGGUGAGUUUUUGCUGCAUUUUGCAUGACUGGCACCACCUGCCAAGAAGUGUGCCUUUGUAUUGACUCGGGACGGCCUUCCAAUGAAGGUGCAGAGGACCAUUUUCAGCGAGUGUUUCUAUGCCGUAGCCAUGAAUGAGCUUUGGAGAGUAACAAAGGAAACACAUGACCAGAAUGAAGCUGUGGAGAUGAUGGACCAGAUCACUCACUGGGUGCGGGAGGACCUGGCUGGGCUAGGCCGGCCUCAGCUCUCAGGGACCCUGGCCACAGAGCCCAUGGCUGUGUCCAUGAUGCUGCUCAGCCUGGAGGAGCAGCUUGGGGAGGAAGAUGAGGCACUGACUAGCAAGUAUGCAGAACUAGGGGACUGGUGUGCCCACAGGAUUCUGCAGCACGUCCUGAGGGAUGGACAAGUUGUGCUAGAGAAUGUAUCAGAGGAUGGCAAAGAACUCCCUGGUUGCCUUGGAAGAUGCCAGAACCCAGGUGAAGACAUAAAGGCAGGGUAUCCUCUCAGAUUCCAGUAUGCUCGCAAGAAAAGUGACACCAAACUUCAAGCACACAUCAUUGACAAGUUUCUCUUGUUGCCUUUCCAUUCCUCUGGAUGCAAUGUUGAGUACAGAGGCCUCUUCAACUUCCAGGAUGCUGAUGGUCUCUGCCCCACUCAGCUGGAGUGGGACAUGAAGCUGUGGUGGCCACAUAGUGAAGCUGUGAUUUCCUUCCUCAUGGGUUACAGUGACAGUGGUGACCCUGCCUUGCUGCAAAUCUUCAACCAGGUGGCCGAGUACACCUCCCAGCAUUUUCGUGAUCCUGAGUUCGGGGAAUGGUUCGGCUAUCUGAACCGAGAGGGAAAGGUGACCCUCACCAUCAAGAGAGGUCCUUUUAAAGGUGACUGCUUCCACGUGCCGCAGUGCCUGGCCAUGUGCGAGUAGAUUCUGGAAGCCCUGCUCUGCCGCCUCCGGCCUGCUCCCGUCAUGUCGUCGCUCACUGUCCCCACCCACAGAGGCUCAAAAUAA